AUGACAUCGGCUGCUCCUCUUUUUGCUAUCACCGGACGUGGAAAUGACGUGAAACAUGCACGUGAACUGAUCGCCUCCAUUGGUGGUGUUCUCACAACGAAGGAGCAGGUGGCCGACUACCUCGUCGUUGUCAAGGGUGCGGGGAGACGCAGGGUCGAGGAGUAUUGCCAACACCACCACCACCACCACCACCAAAAGCAGCUGCAGCAUAAUGGAGGGAGAGGCAGUGGGAAUUUGACCGGCCACACUACCAGUAGCAAUGGUAUAAGAGAUUUACACUCACGGGGCGGUCGUCUUCUGCUACUGGACAUGCUGGAACAGUGGAGCACACGUGGAAAGGUGCCCGAGCGUGACGUGAGCGUGGAGGAACUUGAAGGGAUGAAUCUGCUUAGCUCAGCCGGGGCAGAACGUGACCAACGCUUCUACGAUAUCCCCGAGGGAUUUUUGAAGCGCUCCCGCGUGACGCUUGACCCCCACGGCAACGCGGUGGAUGAGGCGGACAACAGCGUGCUUGUAUCCAGUAGACGAGCAGCCCCACCCUUGACGGCCACGCCACCACCACCAGGAAAAACAGCAACGUCACCUGCAUUAUUACGGCCGCCGAUGGUUCCUGCCGCCGUCCCACUGGCUGGGGCCGUUGUCUUUAAAACACCUCUGCAACACGACGCUCAACGUCGCGGUGUGCCGCGUGAUGACGAAAGCGUGCCACAGAAGGCAGCGGGCAAUGUGGCGUCCUAUGGGCCGAAAAACAACGGCGUGGUGAAUCCCAUGCGGGCCGCAUUUCAGAGGCGUCCCAAGCCGGAGUGGGAUACUUACUUCGCGGACGCUCCCGGUAGCUGCGGCGCUGGCGAUGCUCAAUGGGUUGGCGACGCCACUACGAAUAAGAAGAAGACGAACGACAGUCAUAGCAGUAGCAAAGUACAUGUGGCUCCACAAAACAGGGCCGCUACUGCAGCAGCAGCGCCUUCUCCUUCGGAGUGCACGCCAUCCAACCAGGCGUAUCCCUCAUCAACAGCGAGAGGCGAAGCCGCAGUUGCACCGAAAAUCACGAGGCAGAAGAAGAACAGUGUGGAAUUGACAUUUGACCUCUCAAAACGCGGCACGCGAUGCCCCGAAAUGGCGCUGCGUGGCGCCAAAAGCAAUAGCGACAUGAAUGCACAUGAAUUGACCACGAAGAAGAGGAGUGACGAGAAGGCGACGGUGGAAGAGGGGGCACGUAAACAGCAACAAGAAACAAAAGAAAAAAAACAAGAGGUGAGAACAAAAAAAAUACGACGCGAUGGUCCAAAGUCCCGUUUUUAUCACAGCGCGUUGAAUAGCAAACCUGGAAAGUCCAGAUCUGUAGAACUUCCAACUUCGCGGCAGUCCAAAGUGAACCACGACGAUGCACCGUGCAGGAGGACCGCAGGAAGUGGCGUGCUUGCGAGCGAUGGAUCGUUUGGUCCCCCACCGCCACUUCCUCCCCGUCCACAUGAGUCGGCCAGGAUGCGCUCCACCACUGGGGCGGCGACAACGACAACACAGGCGGGGUGCAAAUCAACUCCAGCAGCUUCUCGGCUUGCACGGCCGUUAUCGACGUCGAUGCCAUCCCAUCCUCCCGCUGUAGCCACCGCUGCUGUGACGACGAAGGCGGCGAAUAACAACUCGACCCGUGUAACUCAUGGUAACUCACUUCUGCAACGCGUUCGUCAGAGUUCGUACUGCAAGGGCAUUCCCGAAGAAACAUGUCUAGCGGUACUGCAGCAGGUUGUAGACCGUGCGUGUCCUGUAAGUUUUAGUGGCAUAUCUGGUCUUGAGGUUUGCAAACGCAUCUUGUACGAGGCCAUCAUUCUUCCCGCGAAGUGCCCACAACUCUUUACGGGGCUGCGACGGCCCUGUUCGGGAUUACUUCUCUUUGGUCCUCCCGGAAACGGAAAGACGCUCCUCGCCCGUGCUGUGUCGAGGGAAUGCGAUACGACUUUCUUCAGCAUCUCCGCUGCGGCCAUCACCAGCAAGUGGGUUGGUGAGAGUGAAAAGAUGGUGCGGGCACUUUUUGCCGUCGCGCGGGCCCUUGCCCCCAGUACAAUUUUUGUGGACGAAAUUGACGCACUGUUGCAGGCACGGGGGGGCGCCCACGAAGGAGAGGGCUCCCGUCGCAUCAAGACGGAAUUUCUUGUGCAGAUGGAUGGUGCGGGGAACGACAACAGUGAGGCACGUGUUCUCGUCAUGGGUGCGACGAACCGUCCAUUUGACUUGGACGAGGCGAUUAUUCGGCGCUUUCCAAAGCGCGUGUUUGUGCCGUUGCCGGAUGCACCCGCGCGUACGCAGAUCCUCCAAUCGCUGCUGGAUACGGAAGAGACACCUAACAGCUUCACCCCGGCGAUAUGGCAGCGCAUCGUCGCCAUGACCGAUGGGUACAGUGGACAUGAUCUACGGCAGCUUUGUGAAGAGGCGGCGAUGAUUCCUGUGCGUGACCUCCUUGCGGAGAAGAUGCGCAACGGAGAAGAAUUGACAGCGCAAGCGUAUCAUCACGACUUGCUGCGACCGUUAACAUUGCAGGAUGUUGAAACCUGCAUCAAGGCGCGUCACCCCAGCUGUUGCCCCAAACAGCUAAAGGCCCUGAGUGAGUGGAGUGACACCUACGGAUCCAAUUAG